AUGGGCGCAAACAUGGAGACCAAGACUGCCAUUUCGGAUAUCUCCAAAGUACAUCACGAGGCUAACAAUGCCCAAGUCACUUCCGUGCUCCCGGAUGGCGAUGUGCCAUAUACAGAUCAUGAUAUGGAUGCCGAUGAGAGGGUGAUCACGGCGCUGGGUUACAAGCAAGAGUUCAAGCGCGAGUUCUCGCUAUGGACGACUUUCUGCGUCAGCUUUGCCGUUCUCGGGUUGCUACCGUCGUUUGCGAGUACCCUGUGGUAUGGAAUGGGGUAUGCCGGAACAGCAGGUAUGGUCUGGGGCUGGAUCAUUGCGAUGAUAUUUAUUCAGUGCAUUGCAAUGUCGAUGGCAGAGCUAUGCUCGGCAAUGCCCACUAGCGGCGGACUAUACUACGCCGCAGCAGUCCUCGCACCUCCAGGCUACGGACCCUUCGCCGCCUGGAUCACCGGCUGGUCCAACUGGAUCGGACAGAUAACCGCAGCGCCAUCAGUCAACUACUCGCUCAGCGCAAUGAUCCUCGCAGCAGUCUCAGUCUACAACCCCGACUACACCCCUACAACAUGGCAGACCUUCCUGUUGACAACCCUCAUAAUGAUCCUGCACGCUGGAAUCAGCAGCAUGUCCACGAAGCGCGUAGCGCAGUUCAACUCAUGGGGCUCAACAUUCAACUUUAUCGCAUUGAUCGCAGUCCUCAUCAUGAUCCCCGCCAACACAAAAAACAGCCCGAAAUUCACCCCCUCCAAACAAGUCUGGGGCGACAUAACAAACCUAACCGACUUCCCAGACGGCGUCGCCGUCCUCAUGACCUUCGUCGGCGUGAUCUGGACGAUGUCCGGCUACGACUCGCCGUUCCAUUUGAGUGAGGAGUGCUCGAACGCGAGCAUUGCCUCGCCACGCGCAAUCGUGCUCACCUCAGGCGUGGGUGGGCUGAUGGGCUGGUUCCUACAGCUGGUCGUUGCAUAUACGGUGCUGGAUAUCGAGGCCGUUCUCGAUUCCGAUCUGGGACAGCCCUGGGCGUCGUAUUUGCUGCAGGUCAUGCCGCAGAAGACGGCUAUGGCUAUCUUGGCCUUGACGAUUAUCUGUGGGUUCUCCAUGGGUCAGGGGUGUAUGGUUGCCGCGUCGCGGGUUACGUAUGCGUAUGCUCGUGACGACUGCUUUCCGUUCUCGAAUUACUGGAAGCAGGUUCAUCCGUAUACGCAGACGCCGGUUAAUGCGGUUGUGCUGAAUGCAGUCCUCGGCAUCUUGAUGUGUCUUCUUAUUCUGGCUGGGGGCGUGGCGAUUGGCGCUUUGUUCUCUAUUGGUGCUAUUGCGCAGUUCUUUGCUUUUGCUAUUCCUAUCACUAUUCGGGUGUUCUUUGUCGGUAAUCGGUUCCGCAAAGGCCCCUGGCAUCUAGGUCCUUUUGGCCCGUAUAUUGGUGGAGUUGGAGUCGUGUUUGUGUUGUUGAUGAUCCCGAUCUUGUGUUUGCCUAGUGUUACUGGUAAAAACUUGACGCCUGAUCAGAUGAAUUGGACUUGCCUUGUUUGGGGUGCGCCGAUGUUGGCGGUUACGAUUUGGUGGGUUGUUGAUGCCCAUCGCUGGUUCAAAGGUCCUGUGGUCAAUGUCGAGCAUGCUAUUCAUGCGAUUGAGCAGGAGCCGGUCGUUAGUGAGGGCAUCGAGCCUGAGCUCCGAGAGACCGAGGCAACUGUUUUGUCCAAGAUGGAUGAUCCAGAUAAUCCCAUCUAG